AUGCAAGACGCAAGCCUGGACCAGGCCGCGGCGCCCGCCGAGCCCGCACUCCCUGCUGGGCAGUCCACGCUGUUGGAGACGCCCGUGGGGUCCCGAGAGUUCUCAUUCAAUGAUGGGCAUCGGCAUCGAGAGGGGUUAGAAUCUGCUUGGGGGGAAAGCUUCGCCUUUCAUCCGACAACCCGCGGACAGGAGGUGCUUGAGCCCAGCGACAGCCAAAGGCCGGCAGCGAAGGGGGUUGAACGAGCGUGGGCAAGGUCAGGCACCCCCGCCGUGGGCCAGAAAGGCAUACCAUCACGUGCUGUAGAAGUCCUGUGA